GAAUCACGUGAGUUCACCCCGAUUUAUGCAUAUCCUGUGACAAGUUUCGCUCUCGCUCUCCACGAAGCGCGAUGCCACACACUGCUAGUCCAUGCUGUCAUCUGAUUCGCGGGCUGAUUGAUAAGCAAUAUGCUGAGGAUGUCUCUAUACUGGCCUUACAACUGUAAGUGAGAUUAUAUGGGCCCCACACUUGGCAAUUCGUAUGUUUGUCAGCCGGACUUUUGGAGAUUACCGAACUGGCUGAUUAUAGAGCUGCAGUUAUUUCAUAUCAGCGAGCAAACUAUUAAUAUGAACGUCUGUUCAAGGCAGAGAAGGAUUCAGGAUAUCACCAUAAGAGCUCGGGUUCUCAGUACACUAUUGAAAGCGGCUACCAGAAACACAACAAUUGCCUGAGAACAAUACCUCGAUCCACAACCCAAAUAUUAACUUUCCAGGCAAUGGCCGCAACCAAGGAGACAGUCCUCGUGGUGGGAGCCACGGGCAACAUCGGUACCUCGGCCGUCAUAGGCGCUUUGAACAGCGGCCGCGACGUGCUGGCCAUCGUGAGGAACCAGGCCUCGGCCGAGAAGCUCUUCCACAACGUCGGUACCCGCGAGGGUAUCACGACCGUCGAGGCCGACGUCCUCGCCGACGACGGCGUGCAGGGCGUGGUAGACCAGGUCAGGGCCGGAAAGCUGCCCUCCUUUCAGCAUGUGUACAGCACCGCUGGUGGUGUUUACAGCGAGACGCCGCUCUCGGAAAUAGCCACAAAGGACCUGCGUGUGGCUAUGACGCAGAACUUUGAGUCUAAUUUCUUCGCCUACCGCGCAACGUUCCCUUAUCUCAAGUCCCUCGGGGCCCCGGCCUCCUUCACGCUCUGCACGGGCUCGCAGGGCAACAUCGGGGCGCGCGCGCUGCCGGCCAUGACGCAGGGCGCGCUGUUCAGCCUGGCGAACGCCGCGUCCCGCGAGACGGCCGGCUCCGGCGUCCGCUUUGUCGAGGUGUACCUGGACCUGCGCGUCGAGGUGGACGAGAGCGCCGCGCGGACGGGGGCCGCCCGCGCCAGCGACUUCGCAGGCGUCUACGAGGAGGUCCUCCGCAGGGGAGAGAUCGAGGGCGCCCGGGUCUGGGUGGCGAGCAAGGAGGACUUCAGAGGGUUCAAAUGGGAGAAGAAGGUCAAGUUGUAGAGGGGUGGGGAAGGGGAGGGAGAGAGAGAGAGAGAGAGAGAGAAUGGGAGGGAGGAAAUAGGUGAGUGGAAUUGGAAGAGGUGAGUGAGAGCUUGUG